CUCAGUACCUGAUCUUCCAUUGGAAUGCUCGACAUAUAUUCAGUCUAUUGCCAAGGUAUUCCUAUAAGUGAUGUCACAGUACUCUCUUCCUAUGUCCAUUCAGAUGUGAGGUGCGGCCUCGAUCACAUAUAAUCCGGGCGUGUUGGGGUCGAAGGAUUGGCAAUCUUCCAGGUGCAGUUUAUCCUCAACAUGUGGCCCUUUACAUCCACCAAAGCUGAGCCAAAUGGGCCAGCAUUGGAACCGGUAGCUUCUUCUCCAGCCGUCGGAAACCCUUCUGAUGACUCGUCAUCGCCGUCAACGCCAUCGUCUGGAGGCUUGAGACGAGCCAGUGUGCCAGAGGGUGCGAUCGGAUGGCCAAAUGAACGACUCGGAAUUCCUCUACUCUUUCGAGCUCCGACAGUGGUUCUGACUUCUUUCGGCUUUGGUUUUAUCUUGGGGUCGACUCAUGGCGCAAACAAGGGUGCCUAUCGUUACCGUGCCGAAAAUGCUCAUCGCCUGCCGACUACUCAAACCGGUUGGUUCCUAUAUCAGAAAUCGAAAAAUUACCAUGCUAUUGUUGGAGGAGUAAAAGAAGGAGCCAAAUUAGGAUUUGUCUGCAUGGGUUGGGCAACACUGUUUAUGGCAACGGAAGAGAUGGUUGAUUUGUCUCGUACGCGCUUUCUGUCUCGAGGCGGCGAGGAUAAGAAGACAGGCCAGCGGGAUGCAGGCAGCACCGUCGUUGCUGGUAUGACUGUGGCAGGAAUCUACAGCUGGAAAAGAGGACUCGACCACUUUGCUACUGUGCAUACUGCCAAAACAGCAAUGAAAUUCUCCCUCUUGUAUGGCUUGGCUCAAGACGUGGCUUCGACAAUAAGAGGCAAUCCUCCGACCUACGUCGCAUGGAUAAAGAAGCAAAUAUUUGGCACACGCGAGCGCGCUGAAAUCGGCUGAUCAAAUAUGUCGAGUCCCACCAAACUCUCAUCAAACAUCUAAAGCAAACGGGCCAGAGAAGACAAUCUUUUCGCCGGUUAGAGUGAAGGCCGCAAAGUUUCAGACCAAAGUUUCGUUCCUCUACGUCCUCUGUUGACAUUAUCGGAAGAUGUUGCUCGGAGAGAGAGCCGAUUCAUGACUAGAAUCUCUGUUGACCUACGACUGGGCUCGAGAGAUGACUUCCGUUCAUCCCAACCUAGUAUUCCACGACUAUGGGGAUAGCCAUCGCAGGCACUUUGAACGACAACUUGCUAGGUGGAUACUUGGUGGCUAAGCAGCCCACCAUGGUCACUUCUUAUCAUGCAGCACCCGAGGCUCUGGACUAUUCAUUGAGAAAGACCUGCAAGGGGUUUUGGGUAUAGCAGUUUUCGAUUGAUUUAAAUGCCGAAUCCUGAGAUCUAUCGCUCCGACCGAACAAAUAACCACCCUCCGAUAGGUCGAGUGGUUUUGAUUCAAGUGGUUUCAGGCUUUCUGUUUCCUCCAAAAGGGAUGCUUCUUGUGUCAUUAUCAUAAAAUGAAUCACUCUGUAUCUGGGCUACUCACGGUCAUGGACUAGGUCUACGACCUACUCACCACUGCUGCCUUUUGGCUGCAUGGGAUCCUGUUCAAGCCUUGCAAGCCUCUAUGGACUCUGUCGGGAUAAUCUUUUUGUAUCUCGAAUAACGUUACCAGCAUACUCAAUCAUAGGCCAUGUAGUGUUGGUU